GUGGCUGAUUGGUGUAUUUACAAAAAAAAUUAUUAUAACCUUGUAAAAUGACAACUUUAUGUACUCUAUAUUGCUUUAUGACACUACAUUUCUAUAUAACUCUAUGUAGAUAUAUUUGGACCACUACUUGAGGGAUUACCAUCGUGCCCUUGCUGUGAACUAGGCAUCUAACCUUAGGUUCUACAUAGGGACUGUCCCUGUAGUAAUAGGUGUAAUGCCAUGCACUUUGGAUAAAAGCAUUGGCUGAAUGACAACUUAGUAUACUUGCAUAACACACAAUUAUUAGGACAUGGUAUUUAACAUAUAUUUAAUUACAUGUCAAAUGGAAACUGAAAAUAAUCAAGGCAUUACAACAGUAACAUAAGUGUUAAAUGCACGCAAAACUGAAUGUAAAAAAAAAAAAAAAAUGUCAGUUCAUAUGGUCAAAGACACUUUAAUUAUAGUCCAAAUGUAGACUUACAUAUGCACUCUAGGGUUAACAAUUUUAAAUAGACUACAUAUUUUGCCCGCUUUUAGUUUGCAGACUGUCAUACAAUUUAGCUAUGAUUAUUUCAAAUAAGGUCACAUUUUAAGCAGCUCUGAUGCUCUUCUUUUAAUCCACACACUUCUAUGUCAUACAACUGAAUAAGACCGUAUUAACGGUGAAUGUGUCUCUGCUGCAGCUGCUUCGACGGUUGGCUGGAGAUCCCUGGCGGUGGAGAUCUCUUGUUUCUACCGUCCCGGGAAACCCUGAGAAGCAGCCGCAGCGUUUAAUGAGCUCCAUUCAUCUGGACCAGCAUGACCGAGGCGAUUUUUUUCUCGUGUUGUAGAUUGACGUAACAACAUGACAAUGAAAGGAUGCAUUUUCGGACGCUUUAUGAAAGUCUCGAUGCUUGUAUAGUCACCAGGGGGCAUGCACACGUCAGUGCAGCGCGGGGAAACAUUGUAACAUUCCAACCUUUUGUAACAUUGUAACAUCGGAUCGGGGAAACGCGUUUGAAUGGAACUCGAUGUCCAGCGGCACUAGCAGCAGCUCGUCUCGCAGUCGUCUGUUUUGCGGGAGGGUUCCUGCUGCUCCCCCCAUCCAUCUCUCCGGCUGUUGUUGUGAAUUGAUCUAACAUGGCGACUGUACCCGUGUAUUGCAUCUGCAGAUUACCGUACGACGUAACCCAGUUUAUGAUCGAAUGCGACGCCUGCAAAGACUGGUUUCACGGCAGCUGUGUGGGAGUGGAUGAAGAUGAAGCACCAGACAUUGACAUCUAUCACUGUCCAAACUGUGAAAAGACUCAUGGCAAAUCCACCUUGAAAAAGAAAAAGAGCUGGAAUAAGCAUGACACGGGGCAAAGUGGAGAUGUCAAACCGGUUCAGAACGGCAGUCAGGUGUUCAUCAAAGAGCUACGCAGCAGGACAUUCCCGAGUUCAGAAGAUGUUGUGGUCAAGCUCUCCGGGAGUCAGCUAACAUUGGAUUACCUGGAGGAGAAUGGAUUCAACGAGCCCAUUCUGAUUCAGAAGAAAGAUGGUCUUGGGAUGGCCAUGCCUGCGCCCACAUUCUACAUCAGUGAUGUGGAAAACUAUGUUGGGCCUGAUGUUGUUGUGGAUGUUGUGGAUGUAACCAAACAGACCGACAGCCAGAUGAAGUUAAAAGAAUUUGUCGAUUAUUACUACAGCACAAACAGAAAGAAAGUAUUAAAUGUGAUCAACCUGGAGUUUUCAGACACAAGAAUGGCCAGCAUUGUUGAGAGCCCGCAGAUAGUUCGGAAGUUAUCCUGGGUGGAGAACUACUGGCCUGACGAUGCAUUGUUGGGAAAGCCCAAAGUGUCCAAAUACUGUCUUAUCUGUGUGAAAGACAGCUACACAGACUUCCAUAUCGAGUGUGGCGGUGCCUCUGUAUGGUAUCACGUACUAAAGGGAGAGAAAAUCUUUUUCCUGAUCAAGCCCACCUCUGCCAACCUGUCUCUGUAUGAGCGCUGGAAGUCCUCCUCCAACCACAGCGAGAUGUUUUUCGCUGAUCAAGUGGACAAGUGUUACAAGUGCACGCUGAAACAAGGGCAAACUCUCUUCAUUCCAUCAGGAUGGAUUAAUGCAAUACUGACUCCUGUAGACUGCUUAGCCUUCUCUGGGCAUUUUGUCCACAGUCUGAGCGUAGAGAUGCAAAUGAGAGCAUAUGAGGUGGAAAAAAGACUGAAGGUUGCCAGCCUCACUCCAUUUCCAAACUUUGAAACAGCAUGUUGGUAUGUGGGGAAAUACUACCUGGAGCGGUUUAAAGGUUUACAUAAGGCAAGCAAACAGCCACCUCCCUACUUGGUACAUGGUGCCAAAAUUGUCAAUGGAGCAUUCCGAUCAUGGACGAAAAAACAGGCUCUUUUAGAACAUGAGGAUGAGCUCCCAGAAAACAUGAAGCCAGCGCAGCUCAUUAAAGACCUUGCCAAAGAGAUUCGGAUUUCAGAGAAUGCAACAAAAGCCAUAAAGAGUGAGCCCAGCAACUCCAAGCCCCCAACAGAGGAACCCCCAUCAGCUCUAUCAGAUUCCGAAGAGCCCGUGUCCCCCGCCAACAUCUCCAGUCCCCCGAGAGAUAAGCCAGCCAGGAAGAAAGCCACAAAGCCACCAAAACCACCCAAACCACCCAAAAUGCCCAAGGCACCCAAGUCACCGAAAGUACCCAAGAUAAAAGAGGGUGGCAAGAAGAAAGGAAAGAAAGCAAAAGAAGGCAUUUUACCUGAGAAAAAGCCCUCAAGUCUGGCAGCUCUUGAAUCCCAUGCGAAGGACAUCCUAAGCAAGAUGGACCAGCCCAAAAAAGUGGCAAAGACUGGGUUUAGUAUUUUGGAAAAAGAACCAAGUAAACCAAACGACGUGGAGAAGUUUGAGUUGAUUCGAGAACACAAUAAGAACAAGACAGAGGCAAAAUGGAAAUAUAAGAACAGCAAACCUGAUUCGUUAUUGAAAAUGGAAGAAGAGCACAAAUUUGACAAAACUCCACUCGGCCAUAAAGACAAUAAAUUUGCGUUUUCAAUGUCGAAUAAGAAGUUGCUGGGAUCAAAGACACUCAAGCCCCAGACCAACUCCAGUGUUUUUGGUUCAAUACAAAACAUUAAGGAAGAAAAGCCCAAGCCUGUGAGAGACGAGUACGAGUAUGUCUCAGAUGAAGAGGAACUUAAAAUUGACGAAUUUCCAAUCCGGAGGAAAAAGGAUGCAGUCAAAAGAGAGUUUUCCUUUUUAUCAAACAUCAAAGAGCCCAUUCAGCCAUCAAAAAAGCCAAAGCUACAGCCAUCAGUCAUAAAGAGUCCAGAUUCGUCCGAUGAGGAAUCACUCCACAUAGACACAGAAGCCAAGACAGAGGUCAAAGGUCGUAAUUCCAAGGUCUCUAAGAAGAAAGGGGGCAGUUCAGCUGGCAUUCUCGACCUUCUACAGGCCAGCAAACAAGUGGGCGGCAUCGACUACAGUAACAACAGUCAGCCACCUGCAUCCCCCAGUACACAGGAGGCCAUCCAGGGCAUGUUGUCCAUGGCUAACCUGCAGUCGUCAGACUCGUGUCUGCAACCAACUUGGAGCAACAGCCAGGCUAAGAACAACACCCACAGCAGCGCAACCAGCAAGAAGCCAAGUGGUGUGGCCGGAGGAGGUGGCAACAGCAAGCGACUGGCCAAACGUUUACCUAAGAAGACGCAAAAGAGCAGCAGUGUGGACAGUUCCGACAUGUAUUAUGAUGACCAGGACCACCUGGAAGCUUGCUUUAAGGAUUCCGAUUAUGUUUAUCCAUCUCUGGAAUCUGAAGAGGACAACCCCAUUUUCAAAUCCAGAUCGAAAAAAAGGAAAAACACGGAUGACACACCAUACAGUCCAACAGCACGAGUCGGGCCCACUGUACCACGACAGGAAAGACCAGCUCGAGAGGGGGCACGAGUGGCAUCCAUAGAGACGGGACUGGCAGCUGCAGCAGCUAAAUUAUCUCAUCAGGAGGAGCAGAAGAUCAAGAAGAAGAAAAAGAGUACCAAAAAGAAGCCAAUGGCUGUAGAGGAGCCUCACAAACUCUCUCAGGACAGCAGCUCUCCAGAACCAACCCCGGACUCAGAGAGCAACCUGGCUGACCACGAGUACAGCACUGGAACGGCCAAGACCGCUGGCAGCUCGCAACCCAUGGCCCCCGGAGUCUUCCUCAACCAGAGGCGGCCUUCCUCAUCAUCAUCAUCUCAGAACGCCUCAUCUAUCCCGCCAGCUAAAGUCGAUCGUGGGAACUCGACAGACGCCAAAGCCAAGCGGCUAAAGAAAGGAAUGGCAACGGCUAAACAGAGACUUGGAAAAAUCUUAAAGAUUCAUCGUAAUGGUAAGCUCCUGCUGUAACAUGGACAAUGGGGGACUGGAGACUUUCUCCUGAUGUGUAUGGACCCCGUGGACUAGCCUGAUCUGAUCCCAUCCUCCCCCGAUGAGCUGGGAUAAGAGCAGUAAGAACUGAAACGGGAAAGGAAUCCCACACGUUUUCAAUUUCUAAGAAGAACAUAGCUCAGAUAGGUUUUUGCCUUUUCUUUUACUUUAUAACUUUCAGAUAUAAAAACAAAUGUACAGAAUACCUGCAAUUAAUAUUUUGUAAGAAGAAUUUAACUUGUUUUACUAUGGUUAUCAGUUUAUCAGGGGUUGCUAAUAUAUUAUAAGAUACAGUACAUAGCAGUCAUUCCAAGAUAAAGAAAGUAUCCCGUGCAUGUAUCCGGUUGCAUACAUUGUUUUUGAGAGGGGGAAUGAGUUGGUUUAGAGUUGCAAACAGGAAGUUCAUUACUGCUUUGUAGAUGUGGCUUAUCAUUGUCUUUUUUUUGAAUUUCACAAUAACUGCCUGGGUGAUUUUAAUAUCCCCUCAUUUAAAACGUACUUUCCUUAAGCAAAAAACAUCUUUUAUACGCAUACAUAGGACAAAUGUGUACUUUACUGUUUGCUGAGCACUAUCACAGAUAAUAUUUAUUGACCUAAUAUAAUUAGUUAAUAUAAUAAAAAGGCAGAAGCACAAAAAUGAAGUGAUAUUGUACUUAAUGUAAUAUAUCAAACUGCUACUAUAAAAAGACAACUGUAGCACUUCAUUGGAUGGCUGUUUUUAUUUUGUAUCUUUCUUUUAUUUAAUAACAAGGUUUUUACACAUAUAGGAAAAAUGUACGUUUUUGUGGGGACAUAAAAACUCUUAUUGCAUAUUUUGACAAAUAAUGACAUACAAAUUGCUAACAAAACACAUUUCCACUAUCUAAUAUUUACCCCCGGUUGUUUUAGCAAUUCAGUUUAUCACAUGAAUUACAAUGCCAUACUUAAUCUAUUAAUCUUAAUCUUUUAUUUAUAAUUUUUGUUUGCUUUUGCUUUUAAACAUUGACUCUAAAAAUCAAUCAUUUUAUGUCAUCCUGUUUUCACAUUACUUUAUUAUUUGACAAUGUAGCUCUUAUUAUGGUUCUAUUCUAAGUUUUAAAACACUCGCCAAAAAUGCAACACUACGCAAGUGGGAUUUAUAGCACUGAUGAUAAGCCUCAUCCAUGACAUUACACUACAUGGGGAUACUUUCUCUCUUCUGUUUGUUUUACAGGCAGCACCAGUUACCCUAGAAUGAAAUAUGCAUUUAUAUUGCUUCACAGUACAGUAUGUAGAAUGUAGCCUGUACAUAGCUUUUUAAAAGACUACUUUUUGUAUCCUUUUUUCCUUAAUACUUCAUUAUACAUUUGUACUAGUUUUUGCUAAUGACAAACGAAAAAUAUAUAUAAAGAUAUAGAAAUAGUCAUUACCUUUUUACUUUUUUGUUCGACGCACUAUAGCUGAUCGUUUUGUUUCAUUUUGUUCUGUUACAUUAGACAAAAGGUGUUGCCUGGAGAACAAAAUAAACAGUGUGACAUUAAUUAUCAUAUGGCCUUACAUGCAUAAAACCAUGCGUAUUAUGAUUGAGUUAUGACGGGGAGAGAAGGAUAAAAGAAUGAAAUAAAAAUCAAGAUAUCAACAAAGUUUCUACAACCAGCCUGACAUUUAAGCUAAAGUACCCCUGAUGGAUUUCAAAGUUAUUUUUACUAGCACCUUGUGAAGUGUUUUCUGUGUCAGUGAUGUAAUUUAUUAAUGUUUGUAGCCUUUUAUACUUGUAUAAUUCUCAAGAGGUUUUGUUUGAAAUCUUUUAUCAGUCUGUGAUCCCCUUAGGACACUUCUAUCAUUAACAUGCCUCAUUGAGUUUCGGGCAAUAGUUCUGUUUUUGUCUUAGGAAAAAACAUUUGUCUUUCUUGUUUUCAUCAAAUCAAGUGCAACAAUUUGAAAUGUUACAUUAUUAUUGUUAUUAUAAUUACUGUUAAGCAGCUAUUUUAAAGAUCCAUACCAUCAUGCCAUGCAUUUUAUUUUGGUAAAAGAGUAUGUACAUUCUUAACAAGGUUUACUGUGCUCAUAAAUUGCAGUGUUUUAGUUUCCAAUGUAAAUCUUGUAUCCACGUCUCCGAAUCGACACAGUCAGAUAAAUCUUUGUCAAUGGAACUAUUUCAGGUUUUUAUUUGUACAAAAUGUGUGUUGCUUUGUCGUGCUUUAUUUUUAUAUGUUCAAACAAUAAAUGCAUCCACUGUUUCAUGGCAGUGAAUGAUAAUUUUGUA